AUGGAGUCUGCAAGACUAGCAGUAGAAGCGACUCAGCAGAGGCACUUGGAAGCCCUGCAUCAAAUAGGGGAAAACCGUUCAGCCGUUGGCUCUUCCCAAGCUUCACUGCCCCGAGUGCAAGAGUGGAGUUUGGAGGAUUUCCUACAACACCAUCCAUCCCACUUUGAUGGCAAAGUUAGCCCGGAUGGAGCUGACCAAUGGAUGCGGGACAUGGAACGAAUCUAUGAUGCUAAGAGAUGUCCUGCAGAGAACAGGCUGACAUACACUGAGUACCUUCUUGCUGGAGAGGCCGUGCAUUGGUUGUCCAGCAUGAAGAUGAUGUUGGAGGACAGUCAUGAGACCAUCACUUGGGAACUGUUUAAGAAGAAGUUCUAUGCCGAGUUCUUCCCAGAUUGCAUGAGGUAUGCGAAGGAGGUUGAGUUCUUGCAGCUGAUGCAAGGAGUCAUGUCAGUGUCUGAGUACGCUGAAAAGUUUAAACACUUGGGCAGAUUUCACACCCUGAAGAUGGCGGAGGACUGGCAGUGUAGAAAAUUUGAGAAUGGGUUGAGGGGUGACCUCAAGCUCAUGGUGGCUCCGCUCUCUAUCAAGGAGUUCCCUGCCUUGGUAGAGAAGGCAAGAGUGAUGGAGAAACUCAAGGCGGAAGUUGAAGCUCAGCAGAGGUCUCAGUUGAAGGUGGGAGGACCAUCUGGGUCCAUGAGCAGACACGACGACAGGAGGAAGCCAUACUCUAGGCCUCAGCCCCAGGGGCCCAGGAGGUUCUCACAUCCGCCCCAACAGUUUCGGCCUUCUAGGCUGCAAUGCUUCCACUGUAGGGGGCCCCAUCAGAGGAGCGCCUGCCCCCAGCUUUCUGACAGGAGGACCUGCCAUAAGUUGACCAGUGUGUGUAUGGUUAUUUUUGAGGAUGACUGUAUUGUAUUAUACUGGCCUAUGUCAUCGUCUGCUUCUGAAUUACUAAAAAAUUAA